ACUUUUUAUUAUUCUCUCUUUAGGUACUUGUAGGUUAGAAUGAGAUAUGAAGGUCAAGGUACCUCUGGGGUCUAGGUGAAAAAUUUGUGCAAGUCUUAAUUGUCAAGACUUGGGACAUUGUGAACUCGAACACAGGGCCUCAAUGGUGAAAAUAAAUGAAAAGCAUGAGGGGAAGUCCUCAGAUGCAUCUGGCAUGCAUCACAAGCCCCCUGUGGUCACCACCAAUGGACACUGCAAGAAUCUGGACCCAAAUUCUGGGGAGGGACAAAAGAGCGUGAGUUCACGUUCCAACAAAUCUUCGCCACAGCCAGAAGCAAAUGGGGAUGCAGGCUCUUUCCCAUAUUGGGCAUGUGGCAGUGCCAUCCCUCUCCUUCCAGGAUUUAUUCCUGCCUUCUAUGACCUUGGGUUCUACCCUUCAUACCCUUAUCCUACAAUGGCAGAAGCUGCUUCUAUCCCUUGUGAAUCUCAAGAUGCAUCUGGAAGCCCUCAUGUUGUUCAUCUGUAUAUCACACCAGGCGAAAGCAUCACAUUCCAAAUGACCGACCAAGUCAAGGUCAUCCGAGUCCUGUGGGCUCUUCAUAUGUCAGGUGGAUUUCUGGACAGACUUACCAAUCCAGCCAAAAGUAACCAUAAUUGUGGGCUACUGUACUUGGACCACUUUACAGAGGAAGCAAACUUGGGAGAACCUGGUGGACAGGUUCCAGCCACUUGA